GGGGAGCGGCGCCGCGAUGCUGCCCUGGCGCCGGAGCAAGUUCGUGCUGGUGGAGGAGGAGCGGAAGGGCAAGGGCAAGAGCCUGGGCCCGGGGCUGAGCUACGCCUCGCUGCUGGCCAGCUUCCUGCGCUCCUGCCCCGACCUGCUGCCCGAGUGCCCGCUGGAGCGCCUGGGCAGCGUCUUCCGCAGCCGGCGCCAGAAGGUGGAGCUGACCCAGGAGGAGCCCAGCUACACGGUGUGGUACCUGGGCAAUGCCGUGACGCUGCACGCCAAGGGCGAGGGCUGCACCGACGAGGCCGUGGGCAAGAUCUGGGCCAAGAGCGGCGGGGGCGGCGGCGCCAAGAUGAAGCUGUCGCUGGGCCCCCACGGUAUCCGCAUGACGCCCUGCGACAAGGGCGCGCGCCGGCCCGGGCACGCCUACCUGCUGCACCGCAUCACCUACUGCGUGGCCGACGGGCGGCACCCCAAGGUCUUCGCCUGGGUCUACCGGCACCAGGUGAAGAACAAGGCCGUGGUGCUGCGCUGCCACGCCGUGCUGGUGUCCAAGGCCGACAAGGCCCGGGCCAUGGCCUUGCUGCUCUACCAGACCUCGGUCUCCGCCUUCAACGAGUUCAAGCGCCUCAAGCGCCAGAACGACUUCCGCCAUGUGCAGCAGCAGCUCCUGGGCGACGCCAUCAUCCCGCUGGUGCCCAUCCGCAAGCUGCUCAACGCCAAGUGCCCCUACCGCCCGCCUGCCGAGAGGAACCGCAGCGCCCCGCGCCUCAGCUCCAUCCUGGAGGAGGAGGAGGAUGAGAGCCUCGCGGCCAGCGGGGACGACGGCUCGGCCUCUGCCGGCAGCCCCGCCGCACCCAGGCCCACCACCAGCAGGGCCCUGGGGGCCUCCAGCCUCGACUCCAGCAGCCACAGGAGCCUUGACCGCAUCGGCAGCGGCGUCGCUGCCGCCAAGACAUGCAACAGCGGUGCAUCCAGCCCUGGCAGCGGGAGCCUGGCACCGGGCUCCAAGACAGCGAAACAGGAGCGGGCCACAGUGCUGACAUUAACCCGGGAGAUGCGGGGCUGCAGCCUGCGGAGCCCACUGCCCCACGGCUACUGAAGCUGGGGUGGCGGUGAGGAGGAUGGGACUUUUGUUGCCGCGAGGCCCCUGUCCGUGUUCCCCUGGCUGCUGUCUUUACCACCAGCGAGGGCCAGGGCUGCUGAGGGACCAGACGGCAGUCACCAGCCUCUGCUGAUGGAUGGGGCUUAUUCACUUGGACUGACUGUAUCCACCCGUUCAUCGUCCUCCGAGUAAAAGCACCGGCUUGGAACUGUCCUUUCCAUCCGCUCUUGCGAGCAGAUGUUGGGAUCCUCUGGGAAGUGUCGGCACUUAUCUCCGCAUCUUCGAACCCGCUUGUCCCUCCUGCUAACCUGCCUGGGAGAAAUGACUGCACUGGACUUCAACGACUGGCCGGAGAGCCAUGGACAGGCUCCUGCAGACCUGAGACAGACCUGCAGGUUUCGGGUGGGUCAAGGGUUCCUUUUCCAGCAUUGAGCAGGGGGUGUGUGUGACUUGCAGCGAUUUCAAGAGAGAGACAUGCACACACAUGAACCGAGAGAUUUUAUAUUUAUAUUUCAACUGAGAGACCCAGAAGCUGUUCCAGCUGGAGUGACUUUUACUACUUGAUAUAUAUUGAAAUUUAUAUCUUUAAAAUAAUGCCAUAUAUUUACAUAGAGAGGCCCAUAGAUUUUGCUCCUAUUGCGAUGUGCAAUUUUUGUACAGUUUUCUAUGUGUCCCACCGGGCAAGUGCUGGGUUGUGUCUGAAGCGGUGGGUGAGCUGAAAGGCUGAAGCACUUAGCAAGGGUCUGAUCUCCCCGCUGCUCUUUAGAAGGGGUGUGGGUGCUGAGUAGCUCUGCAAAUCAGGUCACAGUUUAUAAACCUGCACAGCUAAUAAAUGGCCUGAUUUUCGGAGGUGCUGAGCAAACAGUCUUCUAUGGGACUCGCAGCUCAGCACCUCUGAAAAUCCGCCUGAAGGUAGCUAGCCGUAGAUUUAGAUGUCUAAAUGUUGACACCCGCACAUGGAAAAAUUGGCUUUUGGUGCCUAGAUUUGUCUUAAGGGGAUGGGAUGUAGAACACCCGGGACCAAAUUCAUCCUGGCUUUGGCUUCAGUAGGGUGGGUUACAUAAGGGAUGAAUUUGCCUCUGGGUAUCCGACUCUGGGGAGGAGGUGUAGAGCAUUACGGAGAGAAAGCAGCUUUGUUUGGAAGCAUAAUGCAGGGGGUGUUUUAACUCCAGGGGGAGAUGGACAGCGCACGUCUCAUCUGUACGUGCACAGCGGAGAGCCCAACACGGUGGGGAGUGGUGUAUGUAUAUGCCCGCACCACCACACACUAACACACACACACACACAUGCACACAGGAAUUGUAAUAAAGUUUAUCUGUGUUUUCCGCAAGAGAA